GUGGCCACCUUCAUCACCCCCAUCAUCAUCACCACCACCACCUGCACCACCAACAUCACCUGCACCAUCAUCAUCUACCCGACCGCGUGAAACUCCCAGCAGCGAUAUGCCGAAGACCGGGUGCAACAAGAACCCAGGGCCCGGGCCCGGGGCGUACCUGCUGCCCAGCACGGUGGGCUUCGACGGCCACGACACCACCAGGGACCGGCAGCCCGCCUACUCCAUCGGGCGGCGCGAGGCCAAGGAGGCCAAGUCCCUCGGGCCGGGGCCGGACUGCAUGGUGGACAAGUACAACCGCUUCGGCCCCACCACGGCCCCGGCCUACACCAUGGCGCCGCACCUCAAGCCCCUCACGAGCUUCCAGACGCCGGGCCCCGGCCAGUACUACCCCGAGAAGUACGCCGAGAAGGCCGCGGCCUUCAGCCUGCUGCAGCGCCUGCCGACGCAGGGCGCCUUCCAGACGCCGCCGCCCAACGCCUACGUGCUGCCCUCUUGCCUCAACGGCACCAUCGAGCACCUGGGCCAGCGCCUGAGCUACACCUUGAAGGACGACUCGCCCGGGCCGGCGCGCUACCAGGCGCCCGCGCUGGACGUCAGCCGCUGGAGGAUGCCGCAGUACUCCAUGGCGCACCGCACCCCCAUGCCCGGGGACCGGUCGCAGAAGCCCGCGCCCAACGCCUACCUGCCGCAGUACAACACCCACCGCUCGCCCCCGCACUUCUCGUUCGGCGUCAAGCACACCGACUGCGAGUUCACCCCGCUCACCGACGAGGACAAGUACCCGCCCGGCUGCCCGUGACGCCACGCCACCGCGCGUCCCGAAAAAAAAAUGUUGGAAACCAGAAAAAAAUCGAAAAAGAACGAAAGGAAUAAAUGAACGAAGAAAUUAUGACAAUAAAGAAAGGACUCGAAUUGAGUGAGAAUGACACUGAACUGAUCUGUUGCACAUUCACACGCACGCAACGCAAUAAAAAUAUUUUUAUCUUUAUCUCAUCAUGGGGCAUCAGGGACAUUGUCGCGUCGUGUCACAUCCGGCAGGCUAGACUUUUUUCGAUCCCACUGUUGAGUGUUGCUUAUCGCUAAUUUUUUCCCUUUUCUAGGGUCCUCCCGCAACGCAUCAAAAAUGACUGCAAUACUCAGAAUGGCCCACGUUACCCCUGCCUUUGCCUUUUCCCUGUGUAGAGCCCUGCAGUACCCCUGUGGAAGCGAGGCUAGGCAACUCAACGCGCGCCCGUCCGUCCGUGUUGCCGACCCCGCAGGAGGCUUUCUUGGACGCACGUCUCCCCGGCACACUGCGAGUGUCUGGAAACCAGCACCAGGCCGAUCGGUAGCCUGUAAUCAUUUGUCACGGCCAACUCCUUUUCCUUUUCCUGUCGCCGACUGGCGGCUUGGGCUUGGGCUGCUGGCGGCAUUUCUCCGCGUCAAGUCAAGUCGGUGAGAAGAGGAGC